AUGUCGCAGCGGAAAUUACAGCAGGAAAUUGAUAAGCUGCUGAAGAAAGUCAAGGAAGGCCUUCAAGACUUUGAAGAUGUGUACGAAAAGUUUCAGAAUACGGAUGCUUCUAACACAUCCUAUCGUGAGAAGCUCGAAAGUGACCUAAAGCGAGAGAUCAAGAAGUUGCAAAAACAUCGAGAGCAGAUCAAGACAUGGUUGAGUAAGGAAGAUGUAAAGGAUAGGCAGGUGAUUCUCAUGGAAAAUAGAAGGCUCAUUGAGUCCGGUAUGGAGCGAUUUAAAACGGUGGAGAAGCUGAUGAAAACCAAGCAGUUCUCUACCGAGGCACUCACAAACCCUGAUAUCAUCAAGGAUCCUCGCGAGUUGAAGAAACGCGAUAUUUUCAUUUUUGUGCAAGAAUGUCUCGAAGAGCUUCAGAAACAGCUCGAAUCGUAUGAGGCGCAAGAGAACGAGGAGCAAAUUGAGCGGCACAACUUUCAUAUUGCAAAUCUGGAAAACUUGCUCAAAAUGCUACAAAACAACGAAUUGGAACCUGACACAGUAGAGGAAUACCAAGAGGAUAUCAAAUAUUAUGUUGAAAAUAAUGAUGAUCCCGAUUUCAUUGAGUAUGACACGAUAUAUGAGGAUAUGGGAUGUGAAAUCAAGCCAGGAGAUGGAGACGACACUAAGGAAGUGAAUACGCCUUCGAAGGCAUCGCGUGCUUCGAAAGCUGAUCGCUCACCGAAGAAAAAAGCAUCACCUCCUCCAAUAAUGAUUUUGGAUCGCUCAAAAUCAUCUAGCUCGCUAGCGUCGCCUUCUGUGCCUCCACCAAAUUUGAGCGUUAAAGACGAAAAGAACGAAGCUUCGCCUCAACCUCAAUCACGUCCUCCAUCUCAACCUCAAGUGCAGUCUCAACCGCAGUCUCAAGCUGAAUCACAACCCCAGCCCCAACCCCAAUCUCAAACCCAAUCCCAAUCUCAAUCUCAAUCUCAAUUUCAAGUUGAUCAACACCAAUCAAACAACCGGGCCCAGCCUGGUAGUUCGACUCAGGCUCAAUCUCAAAAUGAAGUACAUCCUCCAAGAGAUCUUUCCAAAGAAAUCGAUGAAAUAUUGGAACAUGACAAGUCGGAGAAUGACGCGUUUCGUAACCCAUUAUUUCAGCCGCAAUUGGAGUACUGGCUUCAGACAAAGCGUCCUCUCAUACAACCGUACGAAGACAUGCCUGUAUCAAUGGCAUCACAAUUGGAAUCUUCUCUUCUAAAUUGUCCGGACUCCUUAGACGCUGAUACUCCACAUUUGUUCCAAACACCACUAUCAUUACCGCAUCCUACAUCAAUCUUUUUCCCAAAUGAAACAAUAAGGCUUGUGUCGUCUGACCACUCGAAUCCUCCUACGCAGUCAAAGCAUAAUGAUAUCUAUUCAAGAACAUUCUUGGCGCGUAUAAUGUCAAAAUUCGAUCUUGAUACGCUGUUUUUCAUCUUUUAUCACUAUCAAGGAAGCUACGAGCAAUUUUUAUCCGCUAGGGAACUAUCGCACAGAGGUUGGCAAUUUAACAAAGUCAACCGUUGUUGGUUUUACAAAGAGGUCGAAAAACUCCCACCGGGUAUGGAAAAUGCGGAAGAGAUUACUUGGAGGUAUUUCGACUACCAAAAAUCCUGGCUGGCGAGACGUUGCGGGGCAGAGUUUGUGUAUCGCGAAGAAGAAUUUGAAAGGAUAUAA